AUGACGCUACAAUGGAGUUUACUUGCUGAGGUUAACCCCGGGGAUCUCCGCAACAACAGCACGGGCCCAAGUACCUCUCUCAAAGGGACCACCGUAACAAUCGCGAAAGUGGAUUCCGGCUCGGGGCUCGGGGCAUCCUUCGGUGCUCCUGCCAGCAUUUCCUCUCUCCUGCCGCCGUCGCUGCAGCCCUAUAUCGACAAUACCCUCGCCAAGGUCUCGACCCUAGUUGCAGAACCCGCCAACUACGUUUCAACCCAGACUGGACUCUCCCCCUCCGCUGUACUUGCUACCGCAGCCUGUCUCAUUCUCGCGAUCCCCUUCGCCAUGUGGUCCUCCUGGUCCUCCUGGUCCCGUCCGACCCUGUCUCCAUAUGCGUCUAUGAAUCAGGGUAGGACACCCCAUGUCACGGAUGAGGACUACAGUUAUAUCACGUCUCAGGAGCUCGAAGAACCGCAAAAUCCCAUUGAGGACGACAUACUAAACAUCAAGUAUCGCGGUAUCACCUACGAAGCUCACUUCCCCGCCUACGCCAUCGGCGAUGGUAAGCUGCAAGUCCACGACAUUCGAGAUCGAGGUCGACAGCUGAGGGAACCUGGCGCUCUCGCACGCGAUUAUGGCGUUAAGAAUAUGAGCGAGAUAUUGGCCAUGAUUCGCGACGACAACCCUCGCGACACUUACGCCGGAGGCUACGGGUCGGAGGAGGAGGUUGUGCCGAAGAAGAAGUCCAAGGCAUCGAGCUCCAAAGACGGCGACUCCAUCGACUCCGGGUCUCCCUCCGUCGACCUUGCAUACCGCGAAGACGCCCUUACAAAGCUUGACAAUGUCGCAGCAUAUUUCGACAAGGAGUUGGCCCCCGAGUGUAUCAAAUUUACGAGAUCGCCACCCGCAGAUCGCACCAAGCGUGAUGACGAACACCGCAGGCUGUCAGAAACGAUCCUGGCGCAGGUCAUCCUAAAGCUUGACGGUGUGGAACCCAACGGCGACGAAGUUAUCCGAGCUAGGAGGAAAGAGCUUGUCAGAGAGUCCCAGCAGGUCCUCGGCCAGCUCGAUGCGGCCAAGGCCUCCAAGUGA